AUGUCCAAGAUCUUUCAGACCACUGCCCUUGUCGCAGCUCUCAUUUCCACCGUUGCCGGCCACACUUCUGUUGAGAAGUUCGAGGCUGGUGGCAAGACUUAUGAAGGCUACCGUCAGGCAAGCAAGGUCGAUCCAGGUAAUCAGUCUCCUGCGUGGUGGACCGCUCAGGGCUGGGGAUACCAGCCCGUGUACGGCGACAAGAUUGGACACCCCGACAUCAUUGCUCACAAGGACGCUUCCCCCUCGCCUUACACUGUUCCAGUUCCCGCUGGAUCUGAUGUCACUUUCCACUGGCACCACGAAGGCAGCUGUGGCGGUGGCGAAGAGGGCUGGGACUGCUCCCACCACGGCUGGACUGCCACUUAUCUCGCCCCUUGCAACGGUGACUGUGCCAAGGUCGACAAGACGACCCUCCAGUUCUUCAAGAUCCACGAGUCCGCCCUGAUCGACUACCGCAAGGGCCGCUACUCAUCCGGCUCACCCCAGGAACAAACUGGUUACUGGGGCACAGACGCCAUCUUCUACGACAAUGGCAACACCCAGACAGUCAAGAUUCCAUCUGACAUUCCCAGCCAAAGCUACGUCCUCCGAACCGAGGUCGUCUCCAUCCACAACAAUGGCGAUGUCAGCAACCGCCAGUUCUGGCCUCAAGCCUUCAACAUCAAGGUUACUGGCGGUAAGGACGGCGCCAAGGUCCCUGCUGGAAAGAAGGGUACCGAGCUGUACAAGGCCAACGACCCGCUCCUCAAGUGGGAUCUUUACUGGCACCAGGCUGGCAAGACAUCCCCAGAUGCUCCUGGACCUGAAAUCGCAUCUGUUGCUUCCAGCAACUCCAGGCGCCACGCCAGGGACUUUUCUUAG